UAUGUCAUCAAACGACAGUUUUGAUGCAGCAUUAACCGAAAUAACACAAACAGGAUUGGGUUGUUUCUAGAUAUAUUUUGUAGGAGUCUAGAGAGAGUUGUCCAUACCUUAGUACAAACAGUUGGAGUAAAUUUCUUCAUGAUGGCGUGAGAAGACGGCGUUGGCACAACAGGCCACGAAAAAUCUUCCUCAGAGAGAGGAGAGAUCCUCGUGUUUUUCUGGAGUUUCUUAAGGAUCAAUGGCGUCAUCUAGCGGAGAUCGAGAGAAGCGCAUGCCUCUUGCUGCCACCUGCCACAGGAAGAUUGAACUUGCGAUUCGGAUGCGCUUGGAAGGCGUGGUUUUAUCUCACUGACACGCGCCUAACAUUCUUUCAUUGAUAAUCCGUCGAGCGCACCAGCUAGUGCAUGAGCAGCGCGUCAAUAGCGCACUAAUCAAACGGAAAAUGAUAUGAGACGGACGCGCACGCACCAGGGAAGCCUUGGAGGGGACAAUAUCAGGCUUUCAGUGGGGAAACAAACAAAGUUUGGAAUAUUUUGACUUGCAUAAAAGGGAUUCAACAUGGAAAAUGUACCAAACCCCAAAAGGACUGUCACUGUCCAGAUGAUGCCGCAGCUCGCCAGUAUAGACGUGCUGGGAAAUAAGGAGUUAAAUGCUAACUGGGACAUUGAGCCAAAGUUAACCUUAAAUCAGGAUUGCUCCUCUGGCCAAAAAACGAAACCAGAUCAGGAUAAUAUGCACCUCAAGUCCUCCAUCAAAGAUUCCCACACCACUCUUCUUGAAGGGACUGUCCUUGAAGGCAAAAACAUGUCAUCCCAUGACAGCGAAGAUCACAGGCAACCUCAAAAUAGUCACACAAACAUGAAAACGUCAGGUCAGUGUGCCAGGAACGCAGAAGGUAGAAAAACCGAACGUGACACGAAUUUGAAUUUGAAAACCGUCCUUUCAACAUCCAACAUCCCAUCACCUACAGCCACAUGUAACAAGGAGAAAAAUGGCAGUAGCACAGCAAAGACACUUGGAAAUGAACAACAUGAGCCCAAAGCAUCAGUAGCUGAAGAAACUAGUGCAAUCAAAGAGACACUUCACAAUCAAAUGCCAAGCCAGGCUCAGGCCUCCCUUCAGAAGGAUUCAUCUCCCAGCACCAACAACACAAUCAAAGACACCUCACUUUUAUCCCAAUCAAAAGAUGCAGGAUGCACCACCAGCAUAACCGUCAGCAGUACCACCACCAAUCACUCUCGAGUUGCAACAACCGAAACCUCUCAACCAGCACCAGGGACAAGUAUUAACACCACGCAACCACACGAGAUCCAUCAUGCACCCACUAAAGAGGACAAAUGUAGUAAUGAAUGCAUGAAGAAGGAUUUCAAACCAUCAGUAACCUCUCAAGAAGCUUCUUCUGGAUGCCAAUUGGAGUCUUCGACUAGCAAUGCAAGUCACUCUAUCCACACGGACGUGAUUGAUGAAGAAGUCCAAACACAAGGAGCUUCUACUGACGAGCAGAAGCCGGUCCACUGCAAACUCUAUCGUGAGGCUUCUACCAUGACUUCAGCCGUUGAGUUACCUGGCACGCAACGACAUGACGCCGAGGUGCAGGCAGUGGCUACGGUCUGCUGUCAAUCUACAGGCACUAGCCCUAGUCUUCUAUCUCUACAAUCUCUACAACCCCAUCAGAGAUCAGUUGGAUUGCUGCCUGAGGAGAAUGAGAGUAUAUCAGUGGUCGUUGAGGUGAAGACCACCUCGGAGAUUUAUUGCAACACACCAUCUGUUGUUUCAUCCAGUACGAAGCCUUCACAGCCGGGGACAGUGAUGGUGCACGUAGACGCUGACCUUCAGGAAGAGUCCAAGCUUGGGGCCAAACCUAAAGAGCCUCUACAAAAUGGCCAAAAAGGAUUUUCACCACUUCAACCGGUUUAUCAAAUCAAUAUCGAGACUUGCGGCCAAACCAAACAAUUGGACGAGACCACCUAUCAGCUUCAAAGUCAAGGUUCACCUGCAUCUGUUGCACCUCAAAAUGUGGCCUGUGUGCAGGAACCCAAAGCAGCAUCUAAUCAGGCCUGCAAGGAUCUGCCAGAAAAACCAUCCAAGCCUCCUGCAUCUAAAUCCGUGCUGCCUAAGAAAGCAGGAUCUGCAAAACCUCCAACGGACAUCACAACGGCUACUCCUCCAACUUCCAGCUCCACACCGCAGAGCAAAAAGACAGAUCGGAAACAGCAGGGAGCGUCCAAGCUGGAGCCUGAGAAAGACGACCAAGAAGCCAAGCAAUCGAAGAAGAGCGUGCACGACGUCGUGUGGGACGAGCAGGGUAUGACGUGGGAGGUAUAUGGAGCGUCAGUAGAUCCAGAGUCGCUGGGUUUUGCCAUUCAAAGUCACCUGCAGUGCAAAAUCAAGGAGCAUGAGAAGAAGAUCAUCGCCCAGACGGCUUUCCGAAAAUCCUUGUCUUCGCCGCCAGACAAGAAGAACAAGAGAAGGCAGGUUAACAUUAACCUCAGGUCCAUGUUUCAAAACGUUCGCCGACCCAAUUGUUGCGCACGGCCCUCAGUGCUAGAAUGAAAGAUGAUGCGAUCUUCCAUGAGACUGUGCAAAGCAUGUUGGGAGAUUUCUCUCGUUUGUAUUUUGAGGAGUUUGUUAAAUAUAGAAACUAAUGGUGAUUUGAGUGUUACGUGGAGAACAGUAAUCUUAAAGAAAAUAUUUUUAGAAAAAGAUGAAAUUAUUUAUGGUGAUAGUAAAGCUAUAAUGAUGUUUAGAGUGCAAUGGCAAUAAUUAUAAUAAUUAAUAUAAUAACGGUAAUGAUAAUAUGUAGUAUCUGCAUGUGUAUUAGUUCAGAAUGGCAGUCUUCUAACUACCCAAGAUUAUGCACUGUACUGAUGAGCAGAUGUAUGCAUAUAACCUUUUUAACUGACUUUGUUUAGUUGAAUAUGUUUUUAAACUUUUCAAGUAGUAGAUAUUUGUUUUGCAUAAUUUAAUUUGUACUGUUGAUUUAUUGUGAAUAUUUCAACUUUUUUAUUUAAUUUAGAAACAAAUAGACAAUGCUUGUUGCCAUUCUUGGUGUAAACUGAGCCCGUUUCUGUUCAAGAACAGUGAUGUUACUAUGAUUUUAUAUUAAAAUGAGAACAAAAGCAGUUACUGUGUUUACAGCAAUCAAUGCAGUUUGCGGAUGUUGGUUAGCAUCAUAAUUAGCAUACUGUAUAUUACAUCGCUGACAGCGUUACUAAUAUAACUCACAUUAAUGUGAAAAUAAUGAUGCUAUGAGACACUUAAAGAUACAUCAGGGAUUAUUCGGGAGGGUUAAACAUCUGUUAGGCCUACAUGAGUUCGAUCUCAUGUGUAUGUCAUUUGCAAAUGUUGUAUAAUGAAAGCAGAUCUACAUCAUUCAAAUUUAAAUCAUUUGUGACUCUGCACCACAAAAGCAGUCAUAAGUAGCACGGGUAUAUUUGUAGCAAUAGCCAGCAAUACAUUGUAUGGGUCAAAAUGAUCGACUGUUCUUUUACGCCAAAAAUCAUUCAAUCAAUUCUACAGAUUAAAGAUGUUUUAUACAUUUUCUACCAUAAAUAUAUCAAAACUUAAUUGCAUUUCUAAAAACUUAAUUUAGACAACUUUAAAGGCGAUUUUCUUAAUAUUUAGAUUUUUUGUACCCUCAGAUUCCAAAUAUUCAAAUUUUCAAAUAUUAUUCUAUCCUAACAAACCAUACAUCAAUGGAAAGCUUAUUUAUUCAUCUUUCAGGUGAUAUAUAAACCUCAAUGUCAAAAAAUUAACCCUUGUGACUGGUUCUGUGGUCAAGGGGCACAUUUAAGAACAGUUGAUCAUUUUGACCCAUACAAUGUAUUGCUGGCUAUUGCUACAAAUAUACCCGUUUCUCUUGGCUAUGCAUAGCUGUAAACCCUAUAACACAAAUAGAUUUAAAUAUAAGGAAAUGCACAAACCUUAUAUAUUAUUCAUACCAUCAUUAAGACUGCUAAUAAAUUCCCUCUGGAUCUUAGAUUUGAACUCGCUGUCACCCUGCUGGAGUUCUGGGUGGUUAUUAGUGCAUUGGUGUAUAUGGUUGCUAGGUGUUUAUUGAUGGUUGCUUACUGGGCCAAAUCAAAACAGACGACAACAGGCCUUUGUGGUCUUCUGGUUUCCAGAUAUGACUUGGGUCUUUCUUUCAAUGCUGGUACAUGGUAUUGUUGCUACCUGAUCUCAUGACGAAUACGUAGCUGACGUAGCAUCUAUGGAGCAACAGAUUUUGUGUGAAAAUAAAUCAUACAAGUUGUUUCUUUUGUUUAAAAAUGUCAUAAAUGUACGA